UUGAAUUGAAUGAACAAGCGCAGGGGCAGCGACAAAGAAUUGCAAAAUGGGGGAGAGAAGAGCAGCCGAUAAGAAGAAAGCACCACCAAAGGCGAAAUGGCCUGUUCUUCAACCCAAAUUGAACCUUCAGAUUACACGCCUUAAAGACAAGGAUCUCUUCACCGUGCAGAAUUUCUUCACGCCUGCUGAAUCGAAGGCAUUUAUUAAAGCUGCUGAGUCUGCUGGUUUUGAACACCAAGGAAGUCUUGGUCCAGCAAAAGGUGAAGCCUACCGAGACAAUGACCGAAUAGCUGUUAAUGAUCCUGCUCUUGCAGAUAUGGUAUGGCAGUCAGGACUUAGCAAACUACUCUCUGAUAUUAAAAUUAGGGGGAAAGCCGCUGUUGGCUUGAAUCCGAAUAUUAGGUUUUACAGAUACAAGGUUGGUCAGCACUUUGGACAGCAUAUUGAUGAAAGUGUCGAUCUUGGAGAGGGAAAGCACACUGUUUAUACUUUGUUAGUAUAUUUAAGUGGUGCUGCCAAAACCAAAGACAAAAGUGAUUCAAACAACAUGAAGGAUUCUGCAUCAGAGCCAAUAGUUGGAGGGGAGACCGUCUUCUAUGGUUCAAGGAAUCGUGUUGUAGCGGAGGCAACUCCUGCCGAGGGAAUGGCUCUCCUGCACAUUCAUGGUGACAAAUGUAUGCUACAUGAAGCUCGAAACGUCUCCAAGGGUAUCAAGUAUGUUUUCCGAUCAGAUGUGGUUUUUGCUUGAGGAGGAGACUUCAAAGGGCUUGGUUGAAUAGCAGGCAUUUAUCAGAACAUACAACUCAACAAGAAAAGUGGACAUCAUCCAUAAAUACUUCAUCUUAUCUUAUAUUAGUAACUUACUGUCACCAUUAGAGGUGAGCAGUUAAUUUAUCUACUAAGAAUCUAAACAUUCAACUUCAGUUUUGAGAGCUUCGUUGACAUCAGGUAACUAUCAUUGUUGCCCCCUUCUUGGAGAAAUUAGAAACCGUCUUAUUAGUGAGUCCUGUUUGUAUGUGAGUUGCAUGAAGAUUGCAAUGCAUCUCUUUAUCAGACAUUUGUUAAUGCAGAAACCAAGCCUGAAACAUUCAUUUAGAGGAUACUUGUAUACUUGUAUGACCCUUUAGUUCCGCUCUUUUUGUUUUCUAUACUAUUAAUUGAGAUGAAUAAUCGAGUUUAUUUUUAUGAA